GGGCAGGGUGGCAGUUUUCGCUGCAUGUUGUUCUCUGCCGGCAGUUUUACUUUCUUUUGUCUGGCAUUAAUUCUUUAUUUUGUUUUCGGUUAUUCUUUUUGAGAAGCAGAAAGUAUGUCUGGCCGCGGGAAGCAGGGCGGGAAGGCGCGGGCCAAGGCCAAGUCGCGCUCGUCGCGGGCCGGCCUCCAGUUCCCCGUGGGCCGCGUGCACCGGCUGCUGCGCAAGGGCAACUACGCGGAGCGGGUGGGCGCCGGCGCCCCCGUGUACCUGGCGGCCGUGCUGGAGUACCUGACGGCCGAGAUCCUGGAGCUGGCGGGCAACGCGGCGCGCGACAACAAGAAGACGCGCAUCAUCCCGCGCCACCUGCAGCUGGCCAUCCGCAACGACGAGGAGCUCAACAAGCUGCUGGGCAAGGUGACGAUCGCGCAGGGCGGCGUGCUGCCCAACAUCCAGGCGGUGCUGCUGCCCAAGAAGACCGACAGCCAUAAGGCUAAAGCAAAGUGAAGCGGAUUCGACAAACAACCCAAAGGCUCUUUUCAGAGCCACCCACAGCUUUCCAAAAAGAGCAGGAACACUUAAGUCUACUAACACGAGGAUUAUUUACUGUUUUCUCGAAAUACAAUGUUGUCAUUCUAUGUAACUGGAAACUUUAAUUUUAAAUACAUAUUAUUAACUCAAACUGUAUUCUGCUGAUACUUAUAUCACUUCUAUUUUUUUCUUUUCUGUAA